AUAGUAUUUGAGCUAUAUUUAUGAGUUUUCAAAAAAACUGAAAUAUAAAAAUAAAACUUAAGUUGAUGAAGAUGACAGGAGGAUGUAUCACCUCUAAUUAGAGCUUCUCUAAGUAGUCUUAACAAUUCUGUCAUGUUUUUCUUUUUUUUUUUUUUUCUGGACUUAAUCCUGCUAGUUAUGCUUACACAGACUGGAAUUUAUUAUCCUUUCAUGAAACAUGAAUGACUAAUAAACUUGGUAGUUUGGAUUAGUUGAGCAGCUAACUCAUGUAAAUAUUCCUAGCUUGCAAUGGUAUAUGGAAGAAAAACGUCAGAAGUUAAUUGUUUCCUAUUGGCUGUUCAGUGGACUGAAUAAUACACAAGUUGUGGAGGCUUGUUUUUUUUUUUUUAAAUUUGUUUUAGUUAUUUCUAUUUGCAAAUGGAUUGAGGUCCUGCAGAGACUUUUUCUGGUCUGUGGUGUUGCAUUUUUGUGUAUUCUGGUAGAAACCAGGAUUUCCCAACAAGUGAAAAAUAGACAGCUUUAGCAUCGUUAUCUCUGAUGUUCUAGUGCAGCAGUCUCUGGGGAAACCUGGUGGUGUAGUUGUAUGUUUGCUGGGUCAUCUGUUUAGCCAACAGGACAGCCUAAACGAAAGCAACAAAUGAACAAAAGUAAACUCAGGCUUUAUUAUUUUUGCCUUUUUACAUAUUGCCUUUUAGAGUGAAACAUGUCAACCGCAGUGCUAAGAGGGAUAAAUACAGUUGGUCUAUCAGAGGAAAUUGAGGGCUCUUGAUUUUGAGACAAUGAUUUGCAAGGAACAAAUAGUUCAGGAUCAUUGGGUGGUCUUGAUGUUCGUAGAAGAAUCCCUAUAAAGCUUAUCUCAAAACAGACCAAUAAAACCAAACCUGCACCUCGAACUCCAAGAAAUAUGAACAGGAUGCCUUCAAAGACACAAGCUGGUGAUGAAGAAGAAUUUGAUUAUAACGAAGAGGAGCGAUACGAAUGCAAAGGAGGUGAAAUGUUUGGCAAUCAAAGGAGAUUCCCUGGACCCAUCUUUUGGGACUAUAAGAUAAACUUGCUGGGGGAAAAGGAUGAUACACCGGUCCAUUUCUGUGAUAAGUGUGGAUUGCCCAUCAAAAUGUAUGGACGCAUGAUACCUUGCAAGCAUGUUUUCUGCUAUGACUGUGCUAUACUACAUGAGAAAAAGGGAGACAAGAUGUGUCCAGGCUGUAAUGAACCUGUGCAGCGAAUCGAGCAGUGUGUCCGAGGGUCUCUCUUCAUGUGUAGCAUUGUUCAAGGGUGCAAGAGAACUUACCUGUCACAGAGGGACUUACAAGCUCACAUCAACCACCGUCAUAUGAGAGCUGGAAAGCCUGUUACUCGUCCUCCAAUUGAACCUGUACAUCCUCCUAUUGCUCCACCGCCUGCUGAAAUUCCUGAGCGUUUCAUAAUGCCACCUGAGAAACAUCAUUUGAGCCACAUUCCGCCAAAGCAGCACAUCAUGAUGCCGCCACCCCCUUUACAGCACGUGCCACACGAGCAUUAUAACCAGCCACAUGAAGACAUUCGUGCGCCUCCUGCAGAGAUGUCAAUGGCUCCACCGCCACCUCGCCCUGUCAGUCAGGACACCUUCCGCAUUUCAACAAGAAAACACAGCAACUUAAUAACCGUUCCUAUUCAGGAUGAUUCAAAUUCAGGUGCUCGAGAACCACCGCCACCAGCCCCCGCACCUGCUCAUCAUCAUCCUGAAUACCAGGGGCAGCCGGUGGUAUCGCACCCUCAUCAUAUUAUGCCUCCACAGCAACAUUACGCACCGCCCCCCCCACCACCUCCACCAAUAAGCCAUCCGCUGCAGCAUCCUCCCCAAGCAGCAGGUACUCCACACAUGGUAUAUAGCCAAGCUCCUCCACCACCAAUGACCUCUGCUCCUCCUCCAAUAACCCCACCACCUGGACAUAUAAUUGCCCAGAUGCCACCAUAUAUGAAUCAUCCUCCGCCAGGACCUCCCCCUCCUCAGCACGGAGGCCCACCCGUAAAUGUCAGUGCACCCCCUCCCCAUCACUAUAAUCCUAACUCUUUGCCACAGUUCAGUGAAGAUCAAGGAACUCUUAGUCCCCCUUUCACACAGCCCGGGGGAAUGAGUCCAGGGAUCUGGCCAGCUCCAAGGGGGCCGCCUCCACCACCGAGGAUGCAAGGGCCUCCUGCUCAGGCCCCGCUUCCUGGACCACACCACCCUGAUCAAGCCAGAUACAGACCCUAUUACCAAUGAUACGAGCAAUUCUAUGAAUAGAGAGUGCUAUGAAGAGGAUAAAACUAUAUACAACAGCCUUUUAAUUGAUUGUUUUGGGGUUAUUUUGUUGUGGUUUUUUUUAAAUACUGUAAGACAUUUUGGGGUUUGAAUCUUAAAUGAUUUUUAAGCGUUGGCUGUAGGACUCUGACUUCAAAUACUCUGUAGUGCUAAAAUAAGUGGCUUAGUAGACCACGGUUGCAUUUUAACAGAACUUCUGUCUCUAGUGUGACUAAAUUGUCCUAAGAUGAACACUUGUAAUAUUAUUUCCUGGAGAAAAUGAACAUGUGUUGUACCAUUCUGAAUAUUGUUUUUGUUAAAUUCAGUGUUUAGUUUCACUUGUGAUACGUUUUUGUUAACCUGUGUACAAUAAUUAAAUUGAAAUAUGGUUGUAAAA